AUGUUUUAUCGAUAUAAUAAUAAUUUUAAUCUUAUUCUAUUAAUAAGUCAAUUUGAAGGUCUUGAGAUGCAUAAAGAAUAUAAACCUGUUCACAAAAAAAUAUAUUGGCCUACGGAAAAUAAAUAUAAUCACAUACAUCCUUCUCCUUCUUGUUAUGGCUUGGAUAUAGAUGAUAGACUUGAAAAUAUUUCCUCUGAAAUUGAAGACAUUAUUGGAUAUCUUAAAAUGAUAAAGGAUUACAUACCAGCCAUGUUAUAUGUCAAGUUUUGCAAAGAUAUCGAUAACCUUACAAAUAAUUAUCAAUCUUAA